AUGGCUGGCGGCGGUAUUCCCAUCGCUACUACCACCAUCGCUGGUGGCUUCCUCACUGGAAAGAAGCUCAUCUUCCCCAUCGCCCUCAUCACCUCGCUCUUCUUCCUCUGGGGUUUCUCUUACGGUCUUCUUGAUGUCUUGAACAAGCACUUCCAGAAUGUCCUCGGUAUCACGAAGCUUGAGUCCACUGGUCUCCAGGUCAUGUACUUCGGUGGUGGUUACCUCAUCUUCUCCCCCAUUGCCGCUGAGGUCCUCAAGCGUUUCGGUUACAAGGUCUGCAUCCUGAUGGGUCUUUCUCUCUACUCCAUCGGUGCUGUUAUGUUCUGGCCUACUGCCCACUUCUCUUCUAAGGCCAAUGCCUCUGCCUCGUUUGGUGGAUUCUGUGCAUGUACCUUGGUCAUUGCUUGCGGUCUUGCUACCCUUGAGACUGCUGCGAACUCCUACGCCGUUGUCAUUGGUGACCCCAAGACUGCCUCUCCUCGUCUCCAGUUCUGCCAGGCCUGGAACGGUGUUGCUUCCUUCAUCGGUCCCCUUAUCGCUUCCAAGGCUUUCUUCUCUGGCAAGAACGCUGACAACCUUACCAACGUCCAGUUCGUCUACCUCGGUGUUGCCUGCCUCGGUGUCGCUGUUGCCAUCCUGUUCGUCUUCGCCAGGCUCCCUGAGGUUGCUGAGGAGGCCAGACGCAACAACUCCCUUGUCGAGCCCGAGCACGAUCUUGAGGGCCGUGAGAUUGGCCAGGGCAGCAUCUGGAAAGAGUACAACAUGCUCUUCGGUUUCCUUGCUCAGUUCUGCUACGUCGGUGCCCAGGUCACCAUCGGUGCCUUCUUCAUCAACUACGCUGUCGACAACGCUGGCUGGACCGAGGCCGCUGCUUCCAACCUCCUCUCCUACGCUCUGAUCACCUUCACCGUCGGCCGUUUCAUCGCCACCGCCAUGGCCACCGUCCUGUCUUCCAGCUUCAUCAUGGUCGUCUACAGCAUUGCCACCAUUGCUCUUAACGCCUACGUCUGCGCUGGUAAGGGCAAGGGUUCCAUUGGUGCCGUCAUGGCCAUUUACUUCUUCAUGGCCCCCAUGUACCCCACCAUCUUCACCAUGGGAACUGCCAACCUCGGUGUCCACACCCGUCGCGGUGCCGGUAUCCUCGUUAUGGGUGUCGCUGGUGGUGCCGUCUUCUCUCCCAUCCAGGGUGCCAUUGCCGAUGCUGCCAACACCCGUAUCUCUUUCGUUACCCCUCUUGUCGGUUUCCUCGUCGUCCUUAGCUACGUUGCCUUCCACUGGAAGCAGGAAGGCUUUGCCCUUCUCCGCAUCAAGACUGGCGAUGAGAUUGUUGCCGCCGCUGGUGUCGAGGGUGGUGCCGUCAUCGCCAAGCGCUCCAUGUCCAUCACCGAGCAGCAGUACGUUGGUGAGCUCAAGAACUAA